AUGCCGUCAGAUUACCGAUCGACCAUCCUCUACGAUAUACUCACUGACAUAAAAGCGGCUCACACACGUUCCCUCUUGCUCGGUGCGGAGUUCACUACAAGUUGCCCUGGCAUGGUUACGUUAGUACAGAUAGCCCCGCCGUCAGACUACGAAGACUUUUGGCUGGCAUUUUGUAUUCGACACGGGUUUGGAACAAGGGUAAAGGAUAUAUUCGUUGAGCUCAGUGCCAUAACUCUUGGGGCUCGGAGAGCCAGCCGAUUGAUACAGCUGGCGUUGAAUAUCGGAUCGCCUGAAGUCUACAUUAGUAUCAAGGCAUGUCUUGACGAUAUACGCAAAUUACACCAUUCUACUGGAGUGUUGAACACCGACUCGGCAUGUGAAGAGAAUGGCAUGAGCCAGCCUCCUACGAGUGAGGCCUUCGCGGCUAUUCAAAGGAGAGUGCGAGAUUGGAAAGCAUACUCUAUGGCGAAGCAUAAUAGGGUGUCAGGAAACCACACCCGGUCACCAUCUUCGAGGGCCUCUGUGAGGAAUUUACGAAAUAACAAGGGAAACUAUUGGGAUCAUCUUGUACAGCACGUAAGGGGAGGCAAUCCGAACAUCUUAUGUCUCAUCACCCAGAGAGUGACCAUCAUGCCACCAUCAGAAGGUACCGCUCUGACAGCGACCUCAUACAGAGACCUUAUGGUGGGGGAUUGCAUCCUAGUCGGGAAGAUCUUCAAAGUAUUUCGACCUACAUUAGUCGCGAGCGCAGAUGCCCGACUAAUCUGGACCCUCUCCUCAUUAAGGGGGCAUUCAUAUCAGUACGGCUUGGAGCGGUUGAACGAAGGGAUCAUAAUCCAACAACAACUCUCAUCGAGCAUAUUGCUGCGUGCCUUGCAGAGGGUCCAUUGA